UCACAUAUAAAUACUCACAACCAAGGUCCUCUAUAAUUAAACGAAUAAUAACCAAUCUGGUUAAACCAAUUAAAGCAUAGGUGGUUGUAUCAUACUAAUUUUUAUGUAAGAGCUAUAAUACUAAAAAACCGUGUUCAAUAUCUCAAUUGUGGGUCGAAAACACGCCAUACAUGUUAUUGCAUCUAUAAAUUUGGAUGUAACUGCCAAAAAUAGCUACAUUGGUCAAACAGGAAAGGAGGCAUUUUGUAGAUUUUUUGUACAUGUUACAAAACGUUUUCAAGUAAAUAAGAGAACUACUUAAUUAGAGCAGUUACUAAACAUAUCUUGGAUACAGGACAUCAGGUUGAUACCUUAUAAUCUUUCAAGAUAAUUAAUAAACAGUCAAGCUUCAAUCUUCUGAAGUUUAUUGGAGCCUGUUCUAUCAGGUGUCAGAAAACUGAUUUAUGUGUUUGAAAGAAGGUGAUUGUUAGUCUGUCUUUGCCUUGAUGACAAAUAUUCCUUCAUUACAUCAUAAAAUUUAGUUCAACUCUUUCCUUCAAUCAGUUACAUGGUUAAGUCUUUUUAUUUAGACUGCCUUCUAGUUCAGUAAUCUUAUUUUGAUUAACUGAGCUUAACUCAUUUUAUUCUAACUUAUUAUCGGCGUUUACUCUGUACGUAAUGAAUUGUUUCCAGCUCUUUGGACUUUGUUACUAUCAGUGUUGUAGAAUAUUAUUUUACAUAAGGUAUUUAUUUAUCUCAAUCUAUUAGAUUUAUUUGUACCCUUUUCUGUACUUACUAGUGUGUCUUCAAAGCAACAUUAAACUAAACUGCUCGAUGUUCAGUUCAGUUAACAUAACGACACUGUCAAAUAAGGACAGAAUAUGAACUGAUUUCUAACCAGAAGAGUAUUGAAAACCAAGAGAUAAGACUGACUAUUAUUUUAUAUGACUUCACAAAUAGAUAAAUUUUAGUUAUCAGUGCAAAUUUCGAUAUUUAGACCCAAAUGACAGGUGAAAGAGUGUAAAUUAUAAAUUUCAGUUCUCAAUGGUCUCAUAAGGUAUAAGAAAUUUUGGCAUUGUGAUAUAUCGUCAAUGAUGCAUGUCAUUUUAUUGUCUGAAGAAGAAUAGAUUUUCAAUACAAAUAUCAAGAUAGUUCUACUGUAUGGGGUGGAAACCCGGAGAACUAAGAAAGCCAUCAUCCAGAAGAUACAACUGUUUAUUAACAGCUGUCUACGCAAAAUACUUCAGAUCCAUUGGCCGGACACUAUUAGUAACAACCUACCACGGACAGAACAAACCAGACCCCAGUGGAGGAAGAAAUCAGGAAGAAGAGCUGGGAGUGGAUAGGACACAUAUUGAGGAAAGCACCCAACUGCAUCACAAGACAAGCCCUCACAUGGAAUCCUCGAGGCGAAAGGAGAAGAGGAAGACCAAAGAACACAUUACACCGGGAAAUGGAAAUAGACAUGAGAGAAAUGAACAAGAAUUGGAUGGAACUAGAAAAGAAGGCCCAGGACAGAGUUGGUUGGAGAAUGCUGGUCGGCGGCCUAUGCUCCAUCAAGAGCAACAGGCGUAAGUAAGUGUUAUACUUGUUAUAAUAAUGUAUCUCAUUUGUCGAUUAUAUCUUUACGUGUUUGAUUUUGAGUCAUACACAGCGUCUUGGCUAUCCAAACGAUCCACGAUGUCCAAACACAAAGAAAAAUAAUAAAAAUCGCAAUACAAAGUAAUAACUAUUAUCACUAUUGAUCCACAAAAUGGAACUCACUAAAACCUAAUCAAAUGAGAUGAGAAUAUCAAGAAAUAGACAAUAUAUCACAAAAUGCGAUUCACUAUCUUAC